UGCCCGGGGGCUUCUAACUUAACUUAUGUUAUUGAGGUCAAUGCCUGGGCUCCGCGAUCAGCUGUUCGGAGCGCAAGCGCGGCCAAUACGACCCUGACCCUAUUUCAACACCACAGACCUUUACCACUAGCCCUCGCAAAAACUACCCUAUCACGUACACAAUACGAGUCCUCUUCAAUGCAAGUACGACUGGCUACGGAUAAAAAUACUACAUUCAGUCGACUGUGUUCCCCUUUCGCAGGUGUCUCGCGAAUUAGAUUUAUCACAGCUGUUUAGUUAAAUUACGUGUUUUGGUAAACAAAUAAGCUAUUUCCAUAUUUCAUUUCCGUUAGCCCUUCCUUCGAAUGUGAAUUUUGCUUUGAAACUUCAUCUUUUGUGAGUUUAAAAUACAAUGUAGUUAGCUGAUUCAGUGUCAGUGGUUAAAAUGGGUGUUUUUGACGGUAUUUGGAUGUUCUACAGAUAUUUAGUGUUUUUGUUUAAGAAGGUUACAAGGAUUGAACCGUUGCAUGUGUACCAAAGGUUGGAGGUGACCAGGAAAGAUGGGAAGAGUGUGAAAUUGAGGAUACAAGACGCGAGGGCACAGGAUCUGGAGCCGAUCAUGGAUUUUAUGUCAAAAUGGUUUAUUCAUGAAGAGAGCUUGUAUCGGACUGCAGGCAUUGGAAAUUCAGAGGCAGCCCUCGACGAGCUGAAGCAAAUGGGCCAGUACUUCUUCCUCGACCCCAGAAACUACCCACUGCUGUGCGUGGUGGACCACGAGGAGCCAGGCGUCCUGGAGGUAGUGGGGUGCAACCUGCUGUAUUAUAAGGAGAAGGGGGGAGAGGAGCUGCCAGAGGCCUCAACAAAAGAGCUCCGAACCCUACUCACCAUGUCUACUGUCCUGGAACGGGAGUACGACUUGUUCACCUCACUCGAGGUCCCAUCGUCCCUCGGCGGCGCCGGGCUGUCCGUGCACCCCGAGUACCGGGGGCUGGGGCUCGCCACACAGAUACUGAGAGCCAGAGCCCCAAUGCUGAUCCACCGCAAAAUACCCCUCUCCUUCGCCUGGUUCACGUCCGUACCCUCACAACGAGCGGCGGCGAAGGCGGGCUACAUGCAGGUAGCUGAGCUUACCUUCCAGGAGUUGGGUAGAAGAAGCGACGUGACGUUCACUGAUGUGCCGGAGACACUGCAGCUUAAAGUGCUGAGGGUUGCGGAUUUAAAGACGUAAAUAAAAAAAAAAUUAAGUCAAUAAAAAAAUACUCAAAAAUAAUCAAAUAAGUAUUCAAUGAAAUAAUUUUUAUUACAUAAUCUUAAGACUAAAUUUUUAUAGUUUGCGUUGUGGGUUUAAUAGUUGUGCUGAAAUAAAUGUGUUUUUUAAGUAGUACUUGUUCUUGUUGGAUUUUUUUAUACCUGAGAUGAGAAAUGGGUGCGGCUUACAUUAAGGCCUAAUGUCCUGAAAUCGAGUAUUAGUUGGAGCUUAUUUUAAUUUAAAUUGUAAUCCUGAGUCUAUUUGUAACACCCUCUAUGCUACAAUCAUUAUUAUCUUUUACUCUCCCAAUCCAUUAAAGUAAACCCGUUUACAGCAGUAGCACUUUCUUUAUUUCUUUAACGGGCGUUUUUCUAACAUCCUUAAACCUUUUUGGCUGCGUAAUUGCCAAUAAAAUUGUGCCUAAAAGCAAACUGCAAUAAAAAAACAGGAAAAUUAUCCUUUACGAUCAACAGCUUCGGCGUAGGUACAUCCUGAGACUAUAAAAAUAAUGUAUUUACGUAAUUGAAGCUAUAGGUGGCAGGGAGUCGGCAAAGAAAAUUGAGC